CUUUUGUCUUUCUGGGAGGGGUUUACUGAUCCAAAGGAAGCCUGUCCAGAGGGGGAGAGAUGAGCAUCUGAGCUUUGGGGGAAGAGUGCAGAUGACCGUGUGCUUCUGCGAACAGCCUGCUGUAGUACUUCAUUUAGGACUUUAUUUGCAUCAGAUGGGACUUGUUGGGACUUGGUGUGUGUGUGGCAUGUUUCCCACCUCUUCCUAUGACUAUUGUUUGUGUUAUUAAGUGCAGAAAGCCUAAAUGGUUUUGGAUGGAGUGGUGCAAACCCAACUGAGAGUCAGCUUGGUCCUUUAAAGAUCUUCUGUGGUGGUCGAAGAGAGAAAUGAAGUUCCUCGCGCUGGUAUUGUCAUUCCAUCUCUGAGUCAUCUCAAAUAACGACCCCACACCAGCCACCAUGAAUGCCUCCGCCAUGCCACUCGCCAACAACACCCCACUCUGCUACUCUGUCAACAGCCCUCCAUUCAGAUACCGCCCUACCAUUGCCUCGGCAUACUUCUCAUCCAUCUUCGGCACUUUGGGUCUCAUCUCCAAUCUCAUCGCCUUCAUCGUUCUCCUCAAGUCCUUCCAGCAGACACAUAGCCGCUCACGCUCCUUUUUCCUGAUCUUCCUGGGUGGCCUGGUGGUCACUGACUUCAUGGGUCUUCUGGUCACUAGCUCCAUCGUGAUCUCCUUCCAUGUUACGCACUUUAAUUGGCGCCAUUUAGAUCCAAACUGCCACUUCUGCAACUUCAUGGGUAUGUCCAUGGUCUUCUACGGACUGUGCCCACUCAUGCUUGGUGCCGCCAUGGCUGUGGAGCGUUUCUUUGGCAUCAACCUUCCAUUUGCCCGCUCCACCAGCAUGCCCAAGAGACGGGCGGUCUACAUGGUGUUGAUGGUGUGGUUGAUUGCAGGUGGCAUAGCUUUGUUGCCCCUAACGAGCAUUGGGAGCUACCACAUGCAGAUGCCUGGCUCCUGGUGUUUUUUCAACAUCAGCUCGGAGGGAAGUGACCUGGCUUUCUCCCUGGUCUUCUCUCUGGUCGGAUUGAUGUGCAUCGCUGUGUCAUUUUUUCUGAACACGGUGAGCGUUGUGACCCUAAUCAGGGUGUGCUGCGGACAGGAUGGGUCCCAGCGUCGCAGAGACUACGAAAUAGAGAUGAUGCUUCAGCUCAUCCUCAUCAUGGUCAUCGCUACUAUCUGCUGGUGCCCCCUUCUGAUAUAUAUUCUGAUGAGCGUGGUGACUGCUGAUCCUGUAAGAGAUGAAAUAGUUUUGUUCUACAUACGAAUGGCCACCUGCAAUCAGAUAUUUGACCCCUGGAUAUACAUCAUGUGUAAAAUGUCCCGGCUAAGGCGAGUAAAAAAUCUUUAUUGCACAAACAGUGCUAUCCGGAAGUCCCCUCCAGAUAAAAAGCCUCCUGCUCUGGCUACGCUUUGCCACCUGGAACCAGAUCCUCGAUCCGUGGGUAUACAUCCUGUUCCGAAGAUCAGUUCUUAAGAGAGUCAACCCCCGCCUUGACUGGUCUCGGGGCUCCAUCAUGAGCUUGCACCCGUCUUUCACCAGCACCAUCCGAAGGUUCACACAAUCUUCACUUAAGUCCACCCUGGGCCAAGAUGAAACAGGAGAGAUGCAGAAAUCAGAUGUAAUGCCCCCAUCUACACUAAAGCCACCUUCUCCUUCUUCGUGAUUGUUUGGAUUUGAGUUGUUGCCACAGACUAAGUGACAUCGUUGGGGUUAUAGUAUGUGUUGGACUGUGUUUUAAAGCUCUGAAGGAGUUUUCAUGUUAACUGUGACCAAUAUAAGAAGCAGGAUUGCCCCGUUGUUUUGUUAUUUUGAAACAGUAUAAGCAUUGACACUUUAAUUUAGAGCAACAUUUAAAGAGAGAGACCACUCCACAGCACACAGCAGUCACCUAAAAUAGAUGUGAAGCUAUCCAGAUGAACCACCCUUUUCUACAUGUACUGUACUGUUCCAAGUUUUUUAUAUAUAUGAAUAUGAAUAACUUUUUACAGUGGAUAUGGACAUUGUGUGGUAAUUCAGGUGAUUGUUUUAAUGUGAUACUUCAUUUUGAUGGGAUGUAAUGCAUUGUAUGCUCAUGUAGACUCUGUGUAGUGUCACGUUAUCAUUUAAUUGUUUUUUCCAACUCAUACUGUUUAUGUUUUGUUCCCUUUCAGGAAGUAUUUAGCUGGAUUUUGAAGGAAGAUGUGAAGUGAAGAUGAUUUAACAAAAAUGAAAUGUGGCUUAGAAUGCCAAAGGCAGCCUACAUUAUUUCCAUUUCAAGAGUUUAUACAAUACAUGACAAUGCAUGUGUUUUCUAUUUGUCAAAUAUAUUGAUAAUGCAUGUGAAUAGAACCUAACUGCCCAGACCCUUGAAAUGAUCAGUUUUUAUCUUUUUCAAAAUCCCUGAAUGGGACCCUCUAGUUUAAUCCUGCUUGUUAUUAAGAGACACACCCGGGUUUGGGAGAGGAAGAAAAAAGGAAAAGUGGAUGCCAUUGAGAAUGUGAUUAUUGUACAAAUAAAAUGUCUGUGAAAACCCUGAAAAUGUUAAGAUUAUGUUGUCAGUGGCAGAACAAUCUUUUGCACUGUCAACUUCAGGCACGCAAACAAAAAUGUAAAAGUAAC